AAAAGGGAAAAACAAAUAUAAAAACUAAAAAUUAAGAAAUAGCCUCGAACGUUCUCUCUCCCUCUCUCAAGGUACACACACUAUUUUCGUUUUCUGUAAGGAUUCUGUUUUCUCACGAUGUCAUGUCUCCUCUUUACUCUCGUUCGAAUCUCUUCUGUCUAGCGAAUUUCUUGUCUUCCUGUUCCUUGUCUUGUUAUUUUCAUUAACAGAUCCAAAUAGAUGGAGAAGGGAGAGUCAACAAGCACCUCUUACUCCGACACCAACGGCUCAAACGAACCAGAUCACGACUUCGAAUGCAACAUCUGCUUCGAGUUAGCUCAAGACCCCAUCGUCACUCUCUGCGGCCACCUCUUCUGCUGGCCUUGCUUGUACCGUUGGCUUCACCACCACUCUCACUCCCAAGAAUGCCCUGUCUGCAAAGCUCUCGUCCAAGACGACAAGCUCGUCCCUCUCUACGGCCGCGGCAAGAACCAAACUGACCCGAGAACCAAACGCUACCCCGGAAUGCGGAUUCCGAACCGACCAGCUGGUCAGAGACCCGAGACGGCCUCUCCUCCUCCUCAGCAGCCUCAGAACGACGCGGCGAGUAACUUUUUCAACUACGGGAUUGGUUUGAUGGGUGGGUUUAUGCCCAUGGCGACUACCAGGAUUGGGAACUUCAGCUUUGGGGUUGGUGGGUUGUUGCCUUCUUUGUUUAACUUUCAGUUCCAUGGGUUUCCUGACGCGGCGCUCUAUGGCACCGCGCCGGGUUACCCUUUUGGUGGUUACCAUAACGGUUUCCGUGGAGUUCCUGGUGGUAACAAUGAACCGACGGCGCCUGGUGGAGGGCACCCAAGCGAUGCAGCUCUGAAGAAUAUCCUCAUUGUCGUUGGAAUCUGCGUGUUCUUCUUCCUUUUAUUGUGAAAACAGUUUGGUUUUUUUUUUAUUAUCCAGGUAUGAUAGUUGCAAACUCUCUUACUUGGUUUGAACAAUGUCUUGUAUAUACGUUACGGUAAUAGCCUGAGUAUGUGUCUGCUUUUCCUACGUUUGUUUUUUGCUAUUUGAAGAAGAUUACUUGGAUCUUCUAUACACAACUCUCGUUUUUUAAUCUUAUUUGCUUUUGACGUUGUAUCUGCAUCUUAUGAGAACUAGUUGGUGUGGAAAAUAACUAUUGCAUAUUA